GACAGCGAGUAAACAUGGCGCCAUUCGCAGCAAGCAGUUGUCAGUUUUUAUAAAAAUAUUAAGUUUUUAGUGCAAUUUACCUUGAAAUGGAUAAUAAAAAAAGCCCCAUAAGAAGGGCCAAACGUUCUGCUAAAGUUUUAGAAGAUAAUUUCUGGGAUUGCAGUGUGUGUACUUUUAGAAACACAGCCGAAGCUUUCAAAUGUUUAAUGUGUGAUGUUAGGAAAGGAACUUCAACACGAAAACCUAGAAUUAAUCCUCAAUUAGUGGCCCAACAGGUAGCCAGCCAAUUCUUGCCAGCAACAAGCAACCAGAAAAAGGAGAAAAAAGACAAGAAAUCUAUGAAAAAACGUCGCCAUCCGCCCAGGUUGAAAAACAUCGAUAGGAGCAGUGCCCAAACAAGGGAGGUUACAGUAAACAGUGUUACCGUUGUAAUUACAGAAUAUAAACCAAAAAUUAAAACUUCAGAGACAAUUUCGAGUAGUAGUUCAUCGGAUCACGGAUCCCAAUCCGAAUCUAGUAUGGACGCACGGUGAAUUUUAUAAAAAAAACUGCACUCAUCUAUGCAGUCCAUGUUAUAGGGUGCAGUGACUCUUUGUGCCGAGGACAAUGACUUGUGACGUCAGGUAAUGCGUUUGAGGAUCUUUAUUUAUAAUUUAUUUGUUUUGUACAAAAUUGACCACUUAUUGUUAGUACGCAGAGAAAAUAAUUUUCCUCUUAAGACUAUUGUUACUAUUUUUUAUUAUAUUGAUUCAUUUAAAUCAUUAACGAACCUUGCUGUACUGCAAAAAGUUCUUAUAUGUACUGAUAAUAUAAGUUAAAGUGAACAUAUAGCAACCCCUUAACUACAGUAGUACCCUAACUGCAUUUUUACAUAAUUCAUUUAGCCUUUCAUGUGCCUGGAUAUGCCCCAACUUCACUAUGAUUAUUGUGUAUCAUUUAAAUGAUAACACUUAUGUAUAUGGUUCCUCCCAUUUUCUUCAUUUAUUUUUCUUCUGAUCAGUGUCAGUUUGACCAUUCAGUAAUUCUUAUUUUGAUCUUAGUAUGUCCAUUAGGAACAUGUAGGUCUUAAUGGUUAUUUCAUUAGAAGUCAGGGAUUUGUUUAUCUACUGGUUCUCUUUUACAUUAAAUCUUUCCUUCAAUACUGAGCUGUAGUAAGUUGCAUUUUUGAUUUCGUGUACAUUUGAACUAUUUAAUGUUUCUUUCCUUAACAUGUUAAUUAGUCUUUAUUUUUUCUCAUUCUUUGGAGUACUUCAAUAUUUGUUGUAUUCAUUAUAUUAUCAGUAUUUGUAAAUGAUACAUACUACCAUUCAAAUGCCAUCAAUUGUUUUUUAAAGUUUUUGUCAUCAUCCAUGCCUUAAAUACUAUGGAAAACAUAGCUAACUCUUAAGUACUUUAACUCAAAAGUAAAACUUUUGUUUUCAUUCCGAAAUUCUUUAUAAAUAGACUUUAUAGUGUUUCUUCGCUAUCUGCGAACAGCAAUGUCAUUUAUAAACCUACAUGUUCUUGUGUAUUUCUUCCAAAUUUUACAUUUGCUUCAACUAGUUGGUAAAAUGAUAAUGGUACAUAUGAGAGUCCAUAAGAUAAAAUAUAUUGGUAUUAUUGUUUGUUUUUCAAUAUCAUGCUCUUCCCUUAUUCUUAAUUAUACUAAGGGAAAUGACCAGUCAUUGCAGCUAUAAGAAAGGUAAAGCUAAAAACCAUAUAAAGACAAAAAACCCAUAAUUGCCACAAAAUUUUUCAAAAUACCAAUUAUUGCCAUCCAAUUUUUGCCAUAAAUAAAUAACAACAUUUUACUGAAAAAUCUUGUUUUCUAUUGAAAAUUCUACUG